GGAGGGCGGCGGUCCUCUCGCUUUUCGCGCCGCCGCCUCGGGCGAAGGGGCGGAGUCGACGCUGGCGGCCGCAGCUCAUCGCCUUAUGCAAGGACUGAGCGAGUGAGGGGGGACGACUACGAAGGAGGCGCGCGCAACAGCCUUUCCACGCCUUCGCCGGCGGCGCUUUCCUGGGACGGCCGGGAGAAGUCGCUGCCGCUCCCUCAAGUCCGCUGAGGGAACAAGGACCCUCCGCUUCCUAAGGGGCAGCAGCAGGUGCGGGGCCCGAAGCCCCUUCAAAAGGAGAGCCGCUGCGUCUUCAUCUCCUUCGAGCGGCGUCCUGCCCGCUCUCUUCCCGCGCCCUCCCUCCGCUCCCGGCUCCUUUACGAGGCUUCCCGGGCGCCUCGGGGGAUUGGCUCCUCCCCGCUCCCUUGGCAAGGCGGAGGCAGGCAGGCAGCGUGCGCUUGUUUGUCCGCCUGUUUGGUCUCCCGAAAAAAAGACUCUUCCAGUCCGCGCGUCGUCGUCGUUUUUUGUUUGUUGUUUUUUUGCCCCGGCCGCCGAGCUCAUGUUUCCCUCUUGGGCGACGGCGGUGGCGGCCGGUCUCGUCUCCUUGCACUUCCUCCAGAAGCUCUUCUUCCCUUACUUCUGGGCGGACCUGAAGUACUUGCUGAAAGUGGCGCGCUAUGGCUUGAGGGUCGAGGUCUACAGGCUGCGCGGCAGCGUUUCCACCGCGCUUGAGCGCUUCGGGAAGCUGGCCCGCCGGCAGCCCGACAAGCCGUUCCUCAUCUACGAGGACCAGGUGCACACCUACCGGGAGGUGGACCGGAGGAGCAACCAGGUGGCGCGGCUUUUCCUCGAGGAAGGGGCGCUGGCGAGGGGCGACACCGUGGCUCUGCUCAUGAGCAACGAGCCCGACUUCAUCCACGCGUGGUUUGGGCUGGCCAAGCUGGGCUGCGUGGUGGCUUUCCUCAACUUCAACGUCCGCGCCAGGUCCCUCCUGCACUGCAUCGCCAGCUGCGCGCCCAAGAUGCUGGUGGUGGGAGCAGAUAUGCUUGGAACCUUGGAGGAAAUUCUUCCUAGCCUCCAAGAAAAUAUCAGGAUUUGGGUGAUGGCGAAAGAAUCCACAUUGCCACAUGUUAAUACCAUUUUGGACAAGCUGGAAGUUGUCUCUGAUGAUCCUGUACCAGUUAAUCUCUGUGUUGCUAAUAACGUGAAGGAUCCUCACCUCUACAUUUUUACCUCUGGAACAACAGGUUUACCAAAGGCGGCAAUUAUCAGUCACCUGCAAGUUCUAAAAGGAGCUGCUGGAUUAUGGGCAUUUGGUGCUACUUCUGAUGACAUAAUUUAUAUUACUCUCCCCCUUUACCACAGUGCAGCUUCUCUACUUGGCAUUGGUGGAUGCAUUGAACUGGGUGCGACAUGUGUUUUAAGAAAGAAGUUUUCAGCUAGCCAGUUCUGGACUGAUUGCAAAAAGUAUAAUAUUACAGUUAUUCAAUAUAUUGGGGAACUGUGUCGUUACCUUUGCAAGCAGCCUGUGAAAGAGGGAGAAAGGAAUCACAAAGUUCGCCUAGCAGUUGGGAACGGAGUAAGAACAGAUAUCUGGAAGGAGUUUUUACACCGAUUUGGUGACAUCAAGAUAUGUGAAUUUUAUGGUGCAACGGAAGGAAACAUUUGCUUCAUGAAUCACACAGGCAAAAUUGGAUCUGUGGGUCGAACUAAUUUCUUUUAUAAGCUCUUUUUCCCUUUCGACUUAAUCAAGUACGAUUUGCAAAAAGGAGAGCCAAUCAGAAACAAACAUGGAUGGUGUGAAAGAGUUAAGAAAGGUGAGCCCGGCCUCUUAAUAUCCAAAGUACACUCAAAGAAUCCAUUCUUUGGCUAUGCUGGAAAUAAGAGAGACACAGAAAAGAAAUUACUGUGUGGCGUGUUCAAGAAGGAAGAUUUUUAUUUCAAUACAGGGGACCUGAUAUUUCAAGAUCAAGAGAACUUUCUUUAUUUUUGGGACAGGACAGGAGAUACAUUCAGAUGGAAAGGGGAAAACGUUGCCACUACCGAAAUUUCUGAUGUCAUCGGUAUGUUGGAAUUCAUACAGGAAGCCAACGUGUAUGGGGUUUCUGUACAAGGUUAUGAAGGAAAAGCAGGAAUGUCCUCUGUCAUCUUAAAGCCUAAUACGUCUUUAGAUCUGGAACAACUUUAUCAACAUGUGGUGAUGUAUCUGCCCAGCUAUGCCUGUCCACUCUUUUUAAGACUCCAGGAAGUAAUGGAAGUUACAGGAACUUUCAAGCAACAAAAAUUUCAGUUGGUCCAGGAAGGAUUUAAUCCAUCUGAAAUCAAUGACCCACUAUAUUUUUUGGACAGUUGUAAGAAGUCUUACGUUUUAUUAACUAAAGAACUGCAUGAUAGAAUCUUAUCUGGACAAGUGAAACUUUAGUGUUUAUUAAUAAGGAUUUUACAAGCUACUGCACAAGACAAAACAAAACUUUAAACAUGUUUGUCAGCUAUAUUCUGUAUGGUCUCCUGGUUAAGAGAUGUACACUGUUGAAUUUUACAGUAAAUAUUAGGGAUGGAUUAUGCUUUAUUAAUCUUCCUCUGUUUUGACCACCAGUGCAUACUAAUCUACCUCUUAUAGUGCAAUCCUAGGCCUGUCUACUCAGAAGUAAGUCCUAUUGAAUUCAGUAAGAUUUACUCCACAGCUAGCCUUAGACUAUCAUUGGUUCAGUAUUUUAUAGUUCUCAUAUACUGUAACUAUCUCCAAAUUAAAUGUUGUUUAUGAUCAACAUAAACAAAUGACAUUGAGAGAAUAGCAAGGCUACAGUAAAAAAUUCUCUUUCGCUGUCUUACGCUGCAUAUUUUAUAGUAUAAUCUCCCACUGCUGGACAAAAACUGGUCACCAUUAGCAGUAGAUGGCAGUCGUUCCUAAUGGUCACCUCCUAACUACACAGGCAUACCUCUUUUUAUUUCACAGUGCUUUAUUGUGCUUUACAGAAAUUUCUCAUUGUGAGGAUGUCUGUGCAGCUGCAGGAAGCACAGCCAGGGAAAGGAGGUCUCCUCACCAUUGCCCCUCUUCUUGAGAAUGGACUGGAGCCAGGUUUUUCCCCUCCCACCCCUGCAGCCAGGGGGUCUUUGCUUAAUAGACUAAAGUAUAGAAUAAACAUAACACUCAUAAGCACUGAGAAACAAACAAACAAACAAAAAAGUGUGACUCACUUUUUGCAAUAUUCGCUUUGUUGCAGUGGAGUGGAACGGAACUUGCCAUAUAUCCAAGUUAUGCCUGUAAACAUUUUUUAAAACAGUUUAAAGGAGAGAAUCAUGUCACAAUUUUGAUUUGUUAACUCUGCAAAAAUCAUACAUCUGUGAUAAUUUAUGCCACAAUUUUGUACACCUGGGACCAAGCCACUACUGAAUACGGUGGAACUUGCUUCUGAGUAGACAUAUUCAGUAUAGUGCUAUUACUUCUGACACGCAGGACUGCAACAUUAUUUAUUUUACUGAAACAGAAAUUAUUCACAUCCUCCUUAUUUUAAUGUUUUCUAAUUUUAAUGGCCUCUGAACCACAAUAGUAUUCUUUGUUUUAAAAUUUAGUACCAGCUUGUAGUCCCUCUCUGCACAAAACUCUUCUGAAUGCUUUUAUUUCUAAAACUGAAUAAAUUAAAUUGCAGUCCUGUAUGUACUUACCUCAGACUAGACACACAUAGGAUUGUGCUGUUAGUGUUCUGUUUUUGAGCAUGAAACAAAGAUAAUACACGUUGAUUUUUUUUCCUAUGCAAAUACAGCGCUACCUCUAGUUACGAACUUAAUUCGUUCUGGAGGUCCGUUCUUAACCUGAAACUGUUCUGAACUAGAGGCAUGCUUUCGCUAAUGGGGCCUCUUGCUGCCGCUGCGCCGCUGGCACAUUAUUUCCAUUCUCAUCCUGGGGAAAAGUUCUCAACUCAAGGUAACUCUUCCGGGUUAGCGGAGUUUGUAACCUGAAGCGUUUGUAACCUGAGGCAUUUGUAACUCGAGGUACCACUGUAUACAGGUAUACAGGAUAAAUACCUUUGUCUACAAUAAUACGAGAAGGUUGUGCAUAUGUCUUUUGCACACUGGAUACCUGUAUCUUGCACAUUAGGAAUUUCCUAUCAUAUACAAGUAGUAAAACAAGAACUUUUUUUACAUGUACACAACAGGUGUUUUUGUUUGUUCAUUAAAGAAAACGAAACCCUUCCCCCUAAGAUAAUUGCCAUUUGUAAAGCAGCCCUCGCUUGAAGGUGUUCCUAGCUGUAAAGCAAUAUUAAUACAUUUUAAAGUCCUAUUUUUCUGUGUCGGACUCAUGGCAGCCACAAUGAAUGAAUGAAAAAAUUCCCUCCUAUGCAUCAUCACACCCCGCUUGGCACACAAUCUCAUUCUUGUAGAAACUAGCUAUCUGAUCCACUUUCUGUACCUUUAAAUUUCUAUUGCCCUAGAAACUAGGGCAUGGAUCCAAAGGAUUUCUUUGUGAGUAAAGAGGCUCUUCUGCCCAUGCAGCCUCCCUUUCCUGCCCUUAGCCAUCCCCGCCUGCCAUAUGCCAUUCUGUUUUGGCUGUUUCCCCCUCAGGAGCAGAGAUUCAGAGGAUUGAGAGGGUUUCAGAGGAAAGGAGCUGCUGGGAACAUCUACUGUAGCUUCAUUCACAGAAUGAAAGUUAGGAUCCAGGCCAAAAUCCCUGAGUGCAGCAUAGAACUAGCAAUCGCAGACAGUAAGAAGACACCCGUAUACAAACUUCAGCACCUUUUAAAAAAGAAGUAUACUGCAUUUCCCUUCCUACCGUUCUACAAUGAUUGCUUUGUAAGCUCUUCAGAGCAUGAGAGGCCAGUGCUGUUGAGUCAGAAGUGCCCAUUAACUCCUUGUAAGUGAUGAACAAUGGACCUCGGAGAUCUUAAACUAAAAUACCGAUUCUGUAAAUGCUGUUUUUCUUGGCUUUAUUACAAGCAACUUCCUUUUCACACACAUUAACUGGUCUUUUUUUUAAAAAAAAAAAACCAACAACAUUAAAGGUAGAACAUACAGGAGUGGGAGCAUAGCUCAUUUGUAGAGUACAUGUUUUUCAGGCAGGAGGCCUGAUGUUUAAUCCCUGGCAUCUCUGGUUAAAAGGAUGAGGUUUCCUGCUCUCUGCUUGAGAAAGGAUGCUGUUGGUCAGAGUAGGUGGUACGGGAUGAAGAUGGACAAAUGAUCCAACUUGGUAUGAGGCUUCCUGUGCUCCUGUGAUUUUUUUUAUACAAAAUGUAUUAAUAAGCUGCUUUAAUAAAUAAUAAAGGACCAGAAUUUCAAAAAUGUAAUGUAUUUUUGUUUCAGUUUUAAUCAUGCACUUAUGGUACAUUUGCAAUUUUGUGGCUCAGGAAUAGAUGGGAAAUUCCCACCAAAUUCUGAGUAGAGAAACUUCCAGAUUAGUUAUGAGGAAAAUAUUCCCCUCUUUAAUGAUGUACAAACUUUCCUUGACCUGUUGGUUGGGAGAACUUUGGACUUUCAGUCGAUAAAUUGAGACUCAAGUUAUUAUUGAAUAAUGACCGAGUCAAAUAAAAAUACAUUUCUACAAAUAUUUUCUUAAUGGUAAUCAGGCAUACCAGCAUACCAGUUUAUAUCUCCAUGAUGUGUUGUUUUAUUCCCAAGGUACGAAGAAAAUACUUGUGGCACUAUCUAACCAAAGUUAAGAGUCGUGUUGACUCUAGUGGAAGAGAGUUAAGCAUGGGACUUAAAAGUGCUUAUGUUUGACUGGAUCAUGCCUACACUGUUUUAUUUAAACAGUUACAUCCUGCUGUCCACCUGCAGGCUGUUCAGUGGUUCAUUUAUAAUGGAUUUCCCCCAUUCAUUUCAUUAUGGCUAUAAGGAAAAGCUAGAAGAUAAUCUGAUUUCCAUUUAGUACAAGAAAGAAUUGUACAAAUACAAUGUGAUCAUCAGAUAUAAAGCACAUUUGUAACAAUCCCUUCUGCUAAUGCUUCAUUUUCAUUUCCCCCCCAGUUCCAAUCUAUU